UCUUCCUGUGUUGCCGCCCUUGCUUGGGUUCAGUCAGAGAGAAAAUCAUCCAGCGCUGAAGGAAUCGCUUUCACUGGAAAGUCUGGUCUUCGCCGGGGGAAACACUAGCUCGUUCCCGUUCGCCUCAGGUCGCCUCUCCUCGCUCUGGAGCUGUGAGCCCUUGAAGGGACAUUGUGGCUGUGGUCUACUGCUGUUCUCGGGUGUUUCUUAGCAAACUAUAGCCACCAUGGCGUUGUCGUUCAAGAAGGACCUGGAGAAGUACAAGGAUCUGGACGAAGAUGAGAUCCUCAACAAUCUGUCGGCGGAGGAGCUGAAGCAGCUGGAGACGGCCCUCGAGGAGAUGGAUCCUGAGAAUGCUCUUCUCCCAGCCGGUUUACGCCAGAAGGACCAGACAUCUAAGACGGUUUCAGAACCCUUUGACAGGGACCGCCUGCUCAAAUACCUGGAGAAGGAAGCAAUGGAACACAAGGACAGAGAGGAUGUAGUUCCCUUCACUGGAGAGAAAAAAGGUAAAGUAUUUAUCCCCAAGCAGAAACCGCUCGAGGCGCGCCAGGAAGAUGUCACGACCCUCGAUCCAGAAUUAGAGGAAGCUUUGUCCAGCGCCACAGACACAGAACUGUGUGAUCUAGCAGCGAUCCUUGGUGUUCACACACUGGUCACCAGCAGUCAGACAUACGAUGGCACCGGAACGAAAGAAGGUUACAACAAUGUGAUCAAAGGCGAGAAAAUGAACCCGGUGUUUGACGAGCCGCCCAAUCCCACCAACGUCGAAGAAACCCUGCAGAGGAUAAAAAGCAACGACAGUUCAUUAACAGAGGUCAACCUCAACAACAUUAAGAACAUUCCAAUUCCCACCCUGAAAGACAUUGCCAAAGCCAUGGAGACAAACACGCACGUGAAGAAGUUCAGUAUGGCAGCAACGCGGAGUAACGACCCAGUCGCUGUGGCGUUCGGUGAAAUGCUGCGGGAAAACAAAGUGCUGCAAAGUUUGAACUUGGAAUCCAACUUCAUUACCGGAGUGGGGGUGCAGGCUUUGGUUAGCGCGCUGCGAGAUAACGAAGCACUCACAGAGAUCAAGAUAGACAACCAGAGGCAGCAGCUCGGUACGACUGUAGAGAUGGAGAUAGCUAAAAUGUUGGAAGAGAACAAAAGCAUAGUGAAGUUCGGCUACCACUUCACCCAGCAGGGACCUCGCUCCAGAGCUGCUGCAGCCAUCACAAAAAACAACGACCUGGUCCGCAGGAGGCGAGUGGAAGGAGACGUGUAAAGCCCGAAACGUCUCCCCGCUAAUCCGGUGUAUUCAUCUCACCAUGUGGAAUAAUUUCAGCCAAUGCCCUGGUCUCAUCUCACUGUGUGGAAACUUCAGUCUUGUGCCAAACUGUGGAGCAAGGCGCACUCAACCAGAACAUACACCUGAGAAGAAGGGAAAUAACUGGAAUUGCCCUCUCCCAUUAUGCUUUUUUUCAUACUUUUUUGUUUAUCGUUGUUAUUGUUAUUUUUAUUAUGUUGAAAUUAUGUGUAAAUCUGAUUUAGUUUUUAGACAUUUCAUUUCAGCUGCCCCCUCCCCCCUCACUUUUUAUUUUAGUUGCCCUUUUUCCCUUUUAUACUGUGCUAUUAUCAUGGUAAAUAAACAUGAACAUUACUACAUAAGUAAAUGAAGCGACAGUUAACCGCUUUGUAAAGAAAACACAGUAAUGUGCUUCAAGAAUACUCUGUAGUGUCCUUCCAUAAUACUCACAAUAAUGCUAUUGAGGCUGAAGAUUCUGGUGGGAUUCCUGUAGAAUAAUGCUGGGGAAUAGCUCUGCAGACAUUAGUCUUAAUAUACUGUUAAUACCUAUAGUGCAGUAAUGGUAACAUCCCAGUUGUAUUGUUUUUGUCACAGGAUUUUGUGAUUCGCAGGUGUUGUGUACUGGAGUUGCCUUGUAAAAAAAAAAAGCCAGCGUGACUCGG